GUUUGUUGUGUUUGUUGGGUGUUACGGAAAUCACAGAGAUACAUGUAAACAUAAGGGCUUAGUCUUUGUGAUCAGUACACUUAUCGUGAUAACCAGCUCUGGACCCUUUCUGAGACAGUAAGAAGGAUAGUAAUAGCUUAAUGAACAAGUCGCUGCAGUUGUUUUCCUCUGCGGAUGGUCAUUCGGUAUCCAGCCCAGGACUCUAGCAAUGAUAUCACCUCUUGCAGUCAGGAAGCUGCCAGUCUGCCAAGAGCCUUUCCCACGGAAUCACCUCACUCUUCCCACUGCAUGGCUUGAAUGAGAGACCUCUUUGUGUCUGACACACAAACUUAGAAAUGGAGAUGGAGAGACGGAGUAAAAGAGGAACAAAGGAGACCCAGGCUGACACAGAAGAGCUGCGUACAUCCAACCAUGUCUGUAGAGAUGAUGAUGCAGUCCUGCCUUAUGGACCGGAGCAGCAGCUUCUUUAAGCUGAUUGACACAUUCUCAACGGAGAUCUCAGAGUUGAAGCAGGAGAUGGUUCAGCCAGCCAGAGAGCCGGAGACUGAAAUCUUACAGGGUCUGGAAGGAGAGGUGAGUGGUCUAUUCCUGCAGUCGUCUGCCUGUGCUGGUGUGCCAGGAGUGAGGGAUUCUGGAUAUGAUUCAUUACGCAGACGCAUGAGCAUGCUGGACAGACUGAUGCAGACACACUCUGUAUGGCUGCUGCUGUCACUCAGCGAUGAUGAAGCCAGACACAUUCUGCAGCCGCAGCCGGCAGGGAGUUUUGUGGUAAGGAGGUGUUAUAAACUGCAGAAAAAGGUGAUUUCCCUCCGGAUGGACAGUGACACAUUGAUUGUUCGGGACUUUCCUGUUAAAGAGAGUCAAUAUACUUUUUCCCUGGAGGGCUCAGGAAUCAGCUUUGCAGACCUCUUUCGUCUGGUGGCGUUCUGCUGUAUCAGCAGAGACGUUCUGCCCUUCACCCUGAAGCUUCCUGAAGCUAUUGCGUCUGCAAAGACCCCAACAGAUCUAGAGGAAGUGGCUAAGUUGGGAAAAGGUUUUUGGGACUCGGAACUGUGCAAUAAGAACAAGUCUUCUGUGUCUGGGGAAACUGCUUGUGAUGGUUCAAAACAGAGACUAAAAAGAAGUCCAGCCGUCCCGUUUACCCGGACCCCUUCUGAACUUGAAUGCAGCCAAUCCAACGGUGCACUUUGCUUCAUCAAUCCCCUCUUCCUGCAGACACACCAAUCUAACCCUUCACCCAAAAAGCAAGAACCAUCCCCAGGUGACGAAGGUGGUGGCUCUCAGCACCACCACAGAGCUCUGCACAGAACAGGUCAGCAGCAAGGGGACAGCAGCGUAUUCUGCCGUAAAACACCAAGCAAACCCCACAUAAGUGUGAGCAGAUCUGAGAGCGAGAGAUCACCGCCGCCUAGGCCUCCACCUCCACGUUUUGGUUCCAGCAGAUCAGCAGUUCUUCGCAAACAGAAGACCAUGCCUGAAACAGUUUGUUGGAUCAAAACACCUCAGGAAAAGACCAGCCUGCUGGGGAGAUUGGGAUCAUCCUUCAUUUCCUUAUCUCCCUCAUCCUCCCCACCGAAAAAGUUCAGCAAACCCAUCCUGGUGCCCUCGGCCCGCAAUAAGAACUCCUCCGGUCUGCUUGAUGCGGACGGUAUCCGAUGCCACAUGGCUUUGGAUGAUCAAACCAUUGAGGAUGCAGUGUCUUGGAGUCUGGCCAAGCUAUCCUCUCGUAACCCCACUGCCAUGGAGAAUGGCAGCCCCGCGCAUGAGCACUGCUCCACCGGGCGAGAGCGUCUGAGCGACAUCAGCAUCUCCACCUCGUCUUCAGACUCUCUUGACUUCUCCCACAGCUUUCCACUCCCCAUGGAGGCCAGUCCCUCCAAAACGGACCGUCCCACUGGCGACAGCAGCCAAGAAGAGGAAGAAGAUGAUGGUAUCAAUUUGGAGAGUGAUCAAGAGGUGCCUUCACCUUUUAAAUCAAAGAAGCAGAACAGCGCAGGGACAUUUGUGUUGCCGCGAGCACUGAGAGGACAGUUGCGCAAGAUGAGCGACGUUCUCAAUUCUCUGAUGACGCCCGAAAGGAGAGCCAUUCGGAAGAUCGUUGAGCAGUCUAGGGAUAAAGGCACUUACUUUGGCUGCCUCGUGCAGGACUACGUGAGUUUCCUGCAGGAGAACCGGGGAUGCCACACAUCAGGCUUGGAACUGCUUCAGACACUCAGACAGUUCAUGACCCAGAUGAAGUCCUACUUGUUGCAGAGCUCAGAGCUUGACCCACCCAUUGAGUCGCUUAUCCCGGAGGAUCAAAUCGAUCAGGUAAUGGAGAAAGCCAUGCACAAGUGUGUGCUGAAGCCGCUGAAGCCUGUGAUCGAGGCAGCUCUGCGAGACUUCCAGUUGAGCAGCGGCACCAUGCAGCAGCUGAAGGAGAAUCUGCUUCUGGCCAAAGCCAAGCAGCCGCAGGAAAUGGGUGUAGAUGGAGCUCGGCCCCCCGACCCGGUGGCCAUAGAGAAGAUCCGACACAAAUUCAACAACAUGUGCAAGAUGUACUCACCAGAGAAGAAAGUGUCUCUGCUGCUCAGUGUGUGCAAACUUAUCUACACCAUCAUGGAGAACAACUCAGGGAGGAUGUAUGGGGCGGAUGAUUUCUUGCCCAUGCUGACAUAUGUGAUGGCCCAGUGCGACAUGCCAGAGCUGGAUACUGAAAUACAGUACAUGAUGGAGCUACUGGACCCGUCGCUGCUGCAUGGAGAAGGAGGUUAUUACCUGACCAGUGCAUAUGGUGCAAUGUCUCUGAUCAAGAACUUCCAGGAGGAUCAGGCUGCUCGUGAGCUGAGCUCCGAGACCAGAAACACACUGCACCAGUGGCACCGCAGACGCACAACUCAGAGAACCACACCAUCUGUGGAUGAUUUCCAGAACUAUUUGCGGGUGGCACUGCAAGAUGCAAGCAGCGGCUGCACAGCCAAAACCCUUCAGGUUCAGCCUUAUGCCACAACAGAGGACGUGUGUCAGAUCUGCGCAGACAAGUUUAAAAUCUCAGACCCGGAAAACUACGCUCUUUUCCUCCUGACAGAAGAAACCACGCAGCAGCUGACGCUCGACACGCACCCGCAGAAGAUCAAGGCUGAACUGCACAGCCGGCCGCAGCCACAGAUCUUCUACUUCGUUUACCGGCAGAUCCAAAACUUCCCCGUCCUGUCAGAACAGCUCGACGACAACACUUCAGCAAACUGAAGAAGAGCAAAUCCUCUCAAAACUGAGUCCUCUGCUUCCCCAGGAACACUGCUGACGUCUGCAAUGUUUUGAGUGAAAAAGCCGAAGGGAAACGGAAUGUGCUGGAGGAAAAUAGGGAAGGAAGGAUGCGUCUGACAGAUGCAGCGGAUUUUAUGCUCUGUCUUCACUAUUUUCAUAAGGUUUUGGGAAGUGGCACACGAGUGUCACGAGAGAGAAGCUGCACCUAACCUGCACGUUUUAUCUGCUUCAUUAGAAUUGUUCAAACACAUUCAGGUUAGCAGAGAAAGAGCAGCGUUUGUAUUGUGUUUGAGUAUGCUUUGCACAUUACUCAUACAAUGUACAGUGCUCUCCCUUAAUAUUGACACCCUUGGUAAAUAUGAGCAAAGAAGGCUGUGGAAAAUGUCUCUGUUUAACUUUGUGAUCCUUUGCUUAAAAUAUUAGCAGAAAAACUCAACAAACAAUUGCAAACAACAUAUAAUUUUAUAUAUAAAAAAAAAUAUAUAUAUAUUGUUGAUGAAUAUGUGUGCUCUAAUUAUUAGGACCUACAUGAUCAACCCAGGCUCAUUCUGAUUACGUACCCCUAUAUACAUUUCUGGAGAGAGCAAAAUACAUCCCAGGAGCUACGUUUUUUUGUUGUUUUUGUUUUCACGAAUCCACUAGAGGCCGCUGUGUAUGCCUUUUCAGUUUUCAGAUUUCUUUUGCGAGUGCCAUUCACGCCUGCUGUUUUCAUGUACAUCCACCAGAGGCCGCUGUCAACUCGAACCCCAUUGUUGUUUUCAACUCCGCUCCGCUGCGCCCCAAGUCCGCCGAUGUAAAUGUCAAGCUACCAGACAAACUGGAAACAGCAGAAAAGCCAUACAGGGGCAAGCAGUCAGCUGGUAAGCGAUAAAUGGAACGGCGUCAUACCGCUCCGUAGUGUUUAUUUUAAAGAUGAAAUGCAGCCAUACGUGGCUCAGGCUACAUAAUUCACGAUGUCCAGAAAUGUGUAUAGGGCUACAUUUUCAGAAUGAGUCUAUGUUGUAUAUGAUGGAAUUUACAGCAUUCCUUUAGCUUCAAACUAUGGGCUGUGGCUUAAAAAAGCUCAUUUUCACCAUCAGGCCAAUAAGAAAUUCCAGUGAACAUUGUGUCUCUCUGUCAGGAGGAGAGUUCAGGCUGCCAAAACAUCUUAACAUUCACAGCUGGAGAAUCGCAGAAGUUAGUUGCCAUUAAUACUAGUGCGUUUUUGUUUUUAAAAAUAUAGGUUUAAUUACGUUUACACCUGGCAUCUGCACUACUUCGGCAUCUUUGACCCAGGAAAAUGAUUUAGCUCUUAAAUGCUAGGGGUUCUGUUUUAAUAUAGACAGGCUGAAACACGAGGUGUGACUAUCCACAAUCACUCCCUGAUUGUUCUUCUGGACUAAUGCUGAUCGUUCCCUGAUUCACCAAGCCCCUCUAAUAUGACAUCAGACAACCAGUAGACUGCAAUGCUGACCAAAUAUGCACAUGUCCAGUGAGAUGGUCACAUUUUAGGCGAUAGAGUGUAGACAGAGACUGUUUUUCUGAAAUAUAGUACAAACACCAGUCUACAUUUAUAAAUGAAAUACACUCAUGUAAAUGCAGCCUUAGUUGGGGCUUGGGCUGAGAAAGUCUUGAAAACUACAAUCUUCACCAAACUUUUCAACCCAUGACCCCCAAAAUAACAAUGCCAGUGACUCAUGGCCCCCAAUAUCCUCUUAUGUGGUUAUAAAUAUAUAAACAGCACACACAGUAGGCCCAAGUCUAUUCCUCAUUUAAACGUGAAUGCCGUAAAGGUGUGAAAGUUUUCCAUAAAAUCAAUGUGCUGCAUCUGACGCAUUUGCUGUGUUUUUAUUCUAACAUAAUCACCCUAGGAGUUGCAAAAAAAAAAAAGAAACGUUAGGCUGAUGGCUUUUUAUUUGCAUGUUGUUUUUUUAUGUAACUAUUGCCUUCAAAAUUUUUCUUCUGUAGGUUUUUGAUAAAAUAUGGUAAUUCUAAUAGUUUAAUAAAAUGAAUUAGAUUUUGGAAAUCCCCCCAAAAAUGUCAAAUCAAAAAUGUCAAACGAUGUUGCCUUCUUUGUUCGUAUUUACCAGUGGUGCCAGUAGUAGUGAGUGUACUCCAGGACUGUACAUCUCCUCUUUUAGGUUGUGCAUUCUUAAUUGACUGCUCUUUUCUGCAGGAUGCGAGCGUUGCAUUGAGGCGAAGACUUUUGUCAUUUGUUCAGUAAAAUGAACAUCUCAGUCCUUAAGGAUGUUGUGGACCAUUGUUUUUUAUGAUACUUAAUAUUUUUUUGCAGUUGCUGGUAAACUGCAUUCUUUUUAUAUAUAUAUGAUGUAUUGUUAUUAUAGUAGUGCAUGUAUCCUUGUGAUCAAAAGACCAAUUUAAAAAACCAGGCAUUGUUGCCAGUGAUGUUUUUAUCAUAUUGCUUUCGUAUGGAUUCUGACCGUUAUGUUUGUUGAAGUCAGUUGGGAUAGAGAUAGUAGAAAGUUAAAGGUUUAGUUCUUAAAUACUGUACUACUACUGACAAGCUACACAUUUAAGGCUUGUGGUAAACUGGGUCUCUGAUGUACUGAUUUUGGUUUUGAUGGGUUUUCCGCAAGUUGAACAGCUGGAAAGUUCUGUGUAAUGUAAGAGGAAUUAAAAAAAAAAACUUUUAAAGCAGGUUAAGAGUCAUUGGUAGGAACUAUCAAUGAACAGAAAUGAUUUUUGUUACUGUAAAUGCUAUCAGGGAAGGUCGAGUCAUAUCCAGGAGAAUAGCUCUUUGACAUUCAUAACUAUACUCAUAACCUCAGUAACUUACCAAGUAUUUCAUGCUCUACUAAUGUACUUUACAUUUGCAUGUUGUAUUGUAAACUCGGGGCAUUGUGUGUGUUUUUUAAUAAGAGACGGGGUGCUGGAAUGCUCUAAUCCUAUGUAAUGAUGAUAUUGAAACACUAGUCACAACUGAAACACAAACUACAUGUUUUAAAACGUUAUUUUAAGUCUGAUAAGUGUAUACAUAUUUAUAUACAAUCUGUGCAGGAAUUUCACAGAUUUGAGAAGUCUUUAUUAAAAAACUGUUAUUCAUUUGGAGAAAAGCUUAUACUCAUUCUUUAGUCAGUUCUUCAUAUUUGCCUUUUUGUCAGUGUACUCUUUUGCACAAUAAACUGAUGUUGAACAUUUGC